AUGGGAGGGAGAUCGAGGGAAGUGAAGGAGUCGUUUGGACCGGAUAGUUGCGGCACUCAAAGCAAUUAUAGUAGGAGUUGUGCACGCCUUUGUAUGUAUCUCAAUAAACCGGUGGAUGAAGAAGUGCAGUCGGGACAGCGAAUUCGGAAACGUCAUCGGCAUACGCGAGUUCGCUACCGCUCGCCACUCAUCUCCGAGAGUGAUGAACAUUCAAGAAGCACUUCAAUCCAACGUGAUGAUGAUGGUCGGUUCUCAUCGGAGUCAAGUUCUCAAAAACGUGAAAAACGCUUGGCAAAUGCCCGACGUUUUGGCAUUGAUCCUCCAUCCCAGACUAUUGAUAUCGAGGAAGAUGAAGUGGAAGAGUUAUAUCGUUCGAUGGGUGUCCAAGUGCGCGGUUCUCGUCACAGGCUUCAUUCUGUGUAUGUUCGAGGUGUUGAUGGCCUUUCAACGUAUCAAAUUGAAAAAAUAUUCGCUGAGUUUGAUCCGGUAGCGGUCGAAAUGAUUGACGAAGUGAGCUGUAAUGUCAUUUGGAAUGAUCGUUUCGCUGUUGCUAAAAUGAUGCUAGAGAUGACGAAACCGUUGAAACGAAUUCGUAGCAGUCGGCAAGUGGAAGAAGGUGAAGUUGCGGAUAGUGGUGAGGAAGAAGAUGGUGAGAUGCGAGAGGAGCAAGGCGAUGAUGUAACAAUCAGUAUGGUUAAAGGGUCCUCGUCGAAUAAAGGAAACACAGAAGCAAAUGUAAUUGAAGUGGAGGUUGAUCAAGUUGAAGUACCACCUGGAAAAUGGCGUGUAAUAACGAAACAUGUUGGACAGAAAUGGCUGAUUAUAUUGCGAUUCAGUUUGAGAGAAGAUAUAGCAAAAGGCCGCAGGAGUUCUAUGGAUAGGCGACGAAAAAUCACUUCAGAUUCUGUGGAUCCAGAUGGUUACACCUAUAAAUGGAUGAAUCGAAGAAAUCGAGUGCGACCCGGAUUAAAUAUCUUUGAUGAGAAGGGUAACGAACUGGAAUGGGAUUAUGAGCAUGAUACAAGAUUUUAUGAAGAACCGGUAAAAACAGCGGAAGAGGAGAAGGGUAGCUCACCAAUACCGGCAGAUGACAAGGUGAUUAGUGUCGGUACAAGAAAACACAAGAUUAAGACUCGUGGACGUGGAGCAAAACGAUUUAAAACUGUUACUGAUUUGUUAUCUGGUACUGGAUCGUUGGCAGCUGAUCGUGAAGACCUUCACCCACUUAAAAGAAAGUUCGCAAGUGCUAAUUAUGGAAAUGAUAUUAGAGAUGAAGAUGGAAGCUAUCUGAGCGAUGAUCGCGAUCCCAGUCCAACACCGCAGCCCUGGGAUUUGAAGAAAGCUGGUGUUCAUUUGCGCGUUUCUAUGCCGGAAGUAAAGACUGACAAACAGUGA